AUGUUGCUACGACUCAGCGAUGCACGAGAGGUGGCUGCACGCGUUUUGGAGGGCUUGCAGGAGCAGCUGGGAUCCCGCGCAACGCCGGAAGUUGUGCUGCAGCUGCUGAGGCACCUGCAGCAGCCAGAGCAGCAGCAUCUGCUGCAGCACACGGGUCUAGAGGCAAAGGAGCUGAUAUCGGAGUUAGCCAGCAUGGCGUUUGGUCUGGCAUCUCAGGAAGAGCAAGAUGAUCAGGAAGAGCAAGAUGACCAGGUAGAGCAAUUUGAUCAGGAAGAGCAAAUUGACCAGGUAGAGCAAUUUGAUCAGGAAGAGCAAAAUAACCAGGAAGAGCAAAUCGACCAGAAAGAGCGAAAUGACCGCCAAGAGCAGCAGCAUGACCCAGAAGGGGCAACACAAGGGGAGAUUGACAGGCUUGCUGCUGCCGCAGCAAAAAGCCUUAUUGACAAAGGAUUGGGCUACUCCCUCGGGAGCCCUCAGCUGGAAUCAGUGCUAGGAGUGGUGCAGAAGCAGCUCGAAACGAAAGGAAUAAAUUUACAGCAGUUGAGGGAUGCCAUUCAACAACAAGAGCGUCAACAAGAAUCAGUGGAUCGCGCAGAACGGGCAGCCGCAGCUGCGGCUGCUAGUGCUGCUUCUGCCGCUGCAGCUGCCAGCCGAGCGGAAGCAGCAGCGGAAGCAGCAGCGGAAGCCACCUCUUCGCAUGCCAGCACUGAGACCACAGCGAACGAAGCAGAAGAGCAAGUAAAACCGCCAGCAGCAGAGGAAACUGCACCACCAGCGGGCGUAGCAUCACAAAACGCACAAGGGGCCGCAGACGAUACAGAAGCACCGAGAACAUCACAGGCAGGAGAAGCAUCAUCAAUAAGGGAAAACUCUGUGGCGGAAAGCUCUGAAGAAGAUUUACACGGAGGUGUGCCUGUAGCAAGCGAGUCUACAGAGAGUCUGGCCGAAGAUUCGGGAAGGGGAGUACCUCUAAGAGCAGAGUCUACAGAGAGUCUGGCAGAAGAUUCAGGAAGGGGUGUACCUCUAAGAGCAGAGUCCACAGCAGCUCCGGCAGAAGACUCAGAAGCAGCGAUAGGAAGGGAGGACUGUUUGCUCUAUGGCUAUGACAGUGGAGGCAUCGACCUCAAGAAGAUUGAGGAUGGGUCAGUGCCGUCGCUUGCUGCGUGUGCGGCAGCAUGCCAGAACCUCCUAGAAUGCACUGCUUACACAUUCAACCUGGCCAAACGAUGGUGCUACCUGAAGGCAGCCUCAGCAGGAGAUGUGCCAUUUUCUCCGCAGCAGACACACGGAGGCCCGCUUGUUUCAGCGGAAAGGCAGUGUGUUCCACAGGAAGGCUUUUCAGGAAGGCGUCUUACGCAGCAGCAGCAACAGCGACGGCUUCAGGGGGAGGAAGUGUACAGCACUGCGAGCGGGAUGCUUCCCACAGGGUACGAGGCAUCGCAUGGUGACGGCAGCAGUUCAGCAACUAGUGCAGACGAAAUGAGUGGCACCAGCGUAUUUGAUGCGUCCGGCGCUUUGGUAGAGCAGACGCCUACUGAGGUCUAUGGGGUGCUUCCCACGAAGGACCAUGGGGACCCUUCUGCGGAGGGCCUCCCAUCUCCAGCCGUCUUUCCCCGCAGCCUGCAGUUUGGCGCUCCUGUCGGGGCGGAUCCUAUGGGAGCUCCUCAGAGCCCUGGCGAGGAGGGAGCCUUCCCUGAGGGCUUGGCUCCCCAGCCACCACCCCCCGGAGGCCUGCUACAGAACCUCCAGAACAUGAUUGGGCCUUCAGGAGACUUUGGCAUAGGAAGUCUCCUCGGGGGGGGAGGGGGCCCCACAGGAGGCCUGCCAGAUGCUGCAGGUGCAAUGGGAGGCGGAGGGGGUGCGCCCCCUCCUCCAGGUGGGUUCCUCGGCAUGCGCAGGCUAGCAGUACUCCCUGAGAGGGACCCCGAUGCAGGAAAGCCCGAUGAGGUGGUCUCUUCGGAGGCUUCCUUGAGUUGCUUUCUUGGAUUCUGCUAG